GCUAUCAUAUUUAUUGUGUUCUUCACCUUAGCCUUUUUUUAUAUAAGCAGCAUCAGAUCAGGAGUAACAAUUAUUUCAUUCUCCUUUACACUUGUAUACUGGAAAUGACAUUAAACAAUCCUGAAUCUUGAAUUAUAAAAAUAUUGGGAAUUAGACCAGACAUCUUGUGAAAACAAACACAGAUUGGAGGACCAGCUAGCCCAGUUCUGUGAAUCAAUUUAAGCUUUUAAAACCACAAGGUAAAGUUUUCAAGCUGUGAAGCUGGAUUUGAACCAAAACCUCAGGCUGUGAUCAGGAUAGAAGAUGUUGGUUUACUGCAUCCCUGACACGGCCAGUGACUACAAACACAUGUGAAAUGCCUCAGGGCUGAGAAAAGCCCUGGUAAAGGGUUAAAACGAGAAAGGAGCUCCCUGAAACGCCCCCGACUGGACCCCGCCUCCCACUUAUAAAAACCUGAUCUCCGCGAAGUCUGAAGCACUUGGAGAAAGAUAGUGACAGAAAGAUACAGUGAGAGAAAAAACGGAGAGAGAGAGAGAGAGAGAGAGAGACAGAGAGAGAGAGAGAGAGAGACAGACAGAGAGAGAGAGAGACAGAGAGAGAGAGGGAGGGAGGGGUGGAAAGAGGCAGUGAGAGGGGACGCUUGAAAAGAAGUAGCCAGAUUAAAGUGGGGAAAAAAGUUGUCUCAGUGAGGGAAAGAGGUCCUGACAGUGACCCAAAUAUGAAUUGUUGAAAAUUGUCCCUUUCGUUUUGUCGGAUUCAAUCUGCUGGGUUUUAAGGGACAAGAAAAAGGGAAAAGCAGGAAGGACCCUCUGGGCGAGUAAACCCCACUUGAGCACCGAUGUCUUUCGCCAUGCUGAGAUCGGUGCCCAGCCGCUGCCUGUACCCGGAGAUCAGCAUGCUGUCAGAAGGAGAUGAGGAACUCGACAGCGAGAGCUCAGGUUCAGAGACAUCUUUCAGCCUGGGACCUUACGGUGGUGCAGGAGGAAAGAGGAAGAGGAAGGCCAGGGUGCCAGGAGUCAUUAGACAAAGACAAGCUGCAAAUGCCAGGGAGAGAGACAGGACCAACAGCGUUAACAUGGCAUUCACGGCCCUCAGGACCCUCAUCCCCACCGAACCCGCUGACAGGAAACUCUCCAAAAUAGAGACGCUGCGACUGGCUUCAAGUUACAUCUCCCACCUGGGGAACGUGCUGUUGCUGGGAGAAGCUGGGGAUGGCCAACCCUGUCACACCAGCACGUCCAGCUACUACCCCGGCAGCAGAGUCACUGAGACCGAGAGCAGCCAGCCCAAACAGAUCUGCACUUUCUGCCUGAGCAACCAGCGGAGAAUGAACAAAGAACGAGACAGAAAGAGCACCAUUCGAAAUUAACAGAGGAACGUGCAACGUGGCCCACAUCGUCGCAAGCUGACUGCAGACUCGGAAUGGAAGGGCAAUCAAUCGUGCACCCGUGCUAUGGAGGAAAAUUGAAGGAGUAUUUGAGGACAAUUCUAAAAACGUGCAGCAAAUUGGAAGUUGAACAUAACCUUGAUACUUGAGCCAUGCUCAACACUUGUCUUACGUUUCAAACUGGAGGAUUUGGGAGGUGCUGCAAAGGACGAGAGGUCCCGACCCGUCCCUUCACCAAUCUGCCAGAACAGUGAUCUGAUCACACUGUCCAGCUGCUUCUUAAUAAAAUUAUUAAAAAAAACACUGUUGAGCUGCUGCUGAAGAGUGGCCCCAGGGAGAGGAAAAUUCAGAAACAAAAAAAAAAUGACAAAACUACAAAAGUGGCUUUUGCAUCGAACUGGAGUACUCACUACACAAUUAACUUCACUAUCAUAUGCUGGUUUGUAAUGUAAUAAAUGUAAUAUAAAACAAAAAUUUUGUA